AUGAACGAAAACUAUUUUACGUUUCGGGAUAGUCCGUUGUAUGAAACCCAGAGAAUUCCACAAGAACGAAUGUCACUACAAAAGGACGAAGACCCAAGUCGAGUGUUCGGGAGGGGCCGGUAUCUGGUGCCUCAAUUCGAGGUUAGCACGCUCGCAGUCGACUUCAAUCAAGGCAACUACUUCGAACUUCAUGAGUCCUCGCUUGCAUCAUGUCUUCGGCAGGGUAACAUCUUCUUAUGUGCAUCAAAAGAGGUCAUGAACAACGGCACGAUCUGGAAGGAGCCAAUGGCGGCGAACAGCUGGUUGUAUGUAACCAGCGACUCUACAAUAUGUUCCAUAAGUUGAAACGGACAGAGGCACGAGGUGACUUUAAAU